ACAGAUACUGGAUCCACAGGUGUGCUUAAACAAGCAUCCAGGUUCAAACCACCCCUCUGGCAGACAUGAGGAACAAAGGGCUGAAGACGCAGUCCUGAAGAUUGAUGGAGGGCCAUGCUAUUCAAACAGCAGGCACUGCUGAGACAGAAGCUCUUCGUUCUGGGCAGCCUCGUGAUUGGAAGUGUCCUCUAUCUUGUGGCCAGAGUUGGGACUUUGGAUAGGUUACAACCCAUUUGCCCCAUUGAGAGCAGAUUUCACCCAUCUGAGCCGGAGCAAAUCCCUCUUCGUACGCUGCAGUUUAAACGCGGGCUGCUCCACGAACUACGCAAGGGCAAUGCCUCCAAAGAGCAAAUCCGCCUGCACAACCUGGUCCAGCAGCUGCCUCGGGCCAUCAUCAUCGGCGUUCGCAAGGGGGGCACCCGCGCCCUGCUGGAAAUGCUCAACCUGCACCCAGCCGUGGUCAAGGCUUCGCAGGAGAUUCACUUCUUCGACAACGACAAAAACUACGCCCGUGGCAUUGACUGGUACAGGGGCAAAAUGCCCUUAUCCCUCCCUCACCAGAUCACCAUUGAGAAGAGCCCUGCCUACUUCAUCACAGAGGAGGUUCCCGAGCGCAUCUUCAAGAUGAACUCUUCCAUCAAGCUGCUGAUUAUUGUCCGAGAGCCCACCACCAGAGCCGUGUCCGACUACACCCAAGUGCUUGAGGGCAAGGAGCGCAAGAACAAGACUUACCACAAGUUUGAAAAUCUAGCCAUUGACGCCAACACGUGUGAAGUGAACACCAAAUACAAAGCCGUCCGCACCAGCAUCUACACAAAACACCUGGAGCGCUGGCUCAAGUAUUUCCCUGUGGAGCAGUUCCACAUAGUGGACGGGGAUCGGCUCAUUACGGACCCGCUGCCGGAGCUGCAGCUGGUCGAGCGCUUCCUGAACCUCCCCUCCAGGAUUAGUCAGUAUAACCUGUACUUUAACGCCACCAGGGGAUUUUACUGUCUGCGAUUCAACAUCAUCUUCAACAAGUGCCUGGCCGGCAGCAAGGGCCGCAUCCAUCCUGAGGUGGACCCAUCUGUAGUGACUAAGCUGCAGAAGUUCUUCCACCCUUUUAAUCAGAAGUUUUACCAGGUCACUGGAAGAACAUUUAACUGGCAAUGAAAUUUGUCUUUCAUACAAAAAAAAGAUUUAAAAAAUGAUCUCACAAGGUAUGAACAGCACUUUGUUUAGUUUAAUACAAGUAUAUUGUGACCAAAUAAUACUUGAUGUAAGUUUGCUCUAUGUGUGUAAAAUGCAACACAAUAGUUUGAUGUUUUCAAGUCAGUUUACAUGUCUGUCUGUGUUUCUCCUCCUAAAAAAAGAACAUUUUCAUGCAGUGUGUUUACAAUUACUUGCAAAGUAAGAGUUAGAGAAGCAUAACUUCUUGAGCUCUUCUAGAUUUUGUCAUGUCCCAACCUGUGAAAUGAGUGAAAUCUGAAAAUGUUGGAGUGCAUCUGUAAUCAGAAUCCUUUUUAAACCCCUGAACAGAUUAAAGUGGAACUAAUUAUGCAUAACAACCCUUAUAGAGAUCUGAGAACAAACAGCAUUAUGAGGCCCAAUGGACACAGCAGACUAGUCAGGGAGAAAGCACUAGUGGAGUCCAAAGCAGAAUUAGGUUUCAAUAAAGAGAACCUAGGCUUUGAACAUCUCAAAUCUCUGUUCAAUCUAUCAUCUGAAUAAGGAGAGAGAACGGCCCAACUGCCGUCCUACCAAGACUACCAAGACCUGAACAUUCACCUAUACCAAGAAACCACGCAGGGAGAGCAUUGGUCAGAGGAGCAGCCCAGGUAGAUCUGGAGAAACUGCAAAGAUCCAGAAAUCAGGCGGGAGAAUCUCUCAUCCAUUAGUUGUCAACUAAGGUCAGAUCUGACCUCAAUGAAACAGAUGCAAGAAAGAAGUCAUUGAAUGAAAGCCAUCAGAAGUUCAGUUAGACUCCCUGAUAUUAAACACUUGAUUAUCCACCCAGCAGUAUGUUGCAUAUGAUUUGCAGCAUAGUGUAUUAUGCUGCAGUAAUUGUGAAGCAUUCUUUCUCCAGUCAGAUAGCACUGAUCUAAAAGUCGCAACAGUCUGAAUGCAAAGCACUGUGGGUAAGAUCACAACUACUGAUAUGCCUUCCUGGCAGAUUUAGAACAGGGAAUGAGAUGGACGUCGGAUUAUCACUUGAAGUAAAUAAGUUAUUUGUUUUUAUUUCAAUGUAAUUAAAAAGUAGCAUACUGAAAAUUAUUUUUGCUUUUCAGUAGAAAAAUACUUGGCAUCCGUUAAACCCUUGUUCAAAUUGCUGACCAGCUCUUUGGACAUUUUCACUGGAGUUUUAGCAGUUUGGUUUUUUUUUAGCUCAGACUAAAAUAAAUUAAAUCGGUCAUGUUUUUAUAUCAAAUACAAUUUCUGAUUUGAAUCAAUUUUGUAUUUUGUAAAAGAAAUUGCAAAUGACAGCAUAUAUUUUCAAAAACUUGCUUUUAUUUUGGUCAUUUCUUCUAGUAGUUGACCUGAAUUCAAAGUCCAAACAAAUACCAGCUAUAUGAAACACUAUGGGGACACUCACUCGCUCUGAUCUAUGGAAGCACAAGGAGAGUAUUGGUGAAAAAAAUAUGACAAAUUAAAUAUUCAUAAACAACUAACUUGAUUAACCACAUAAAUAAUCAAGCACAGCAUAUUUCAAUUCGGAAGGUCUCCUUGCCAUUACCCUAUUUAACUCCCUCCACAGAUUCUCUGUCAAAUUCGAAAUGGGACAGUGAAAAUUACCUCAAAAUCACAAGAAACGUGUUGGAAAAAUAAAAUGUAAUUUCAGUUUAUGUAUAUUAUCCUGAUUCACAAUAAAUUUCUCAAUUCACUUUACAAUAAAAACAAUAUUUUGCAGCAAUCCCUCAUAAUGAGCAUGCAUGUUCUGACAGUGGGGAGCAGAACCUUCCUUUUAUAGGACGGAUCCUUUGCAGAACAAGAGGAGUGUGAGCAUCCACUCGAUCUGACACAAACAACAAAUCCAGAUUCCAAUCCAACUGAAAACCUGUGACAAGAUUUAAAAAUUAUUAUUCAGACAUUCUGAGUCCAAAUAUUUUUAUCUUUUUCUUUUUCAAAGAAAAGACAUUUAGUUUGAGAGCUUUGUUCUAUAAAGCUCUCCGGGGGGGGGGAUUCCCCCGGAGGAGCUGGAACAAGUGGCUGGGGAGAGGGAAGUCUGGGCCUCCCUUCUGAAGCUGCUACCCGACCCCGGAUAAGCGGAAGAAAAUGGAUGGAUGGAUGAAUGGAUGGUUCUAUAAAGCACUGACCCUGCAGAGCUGAAUACACACGCACAACACAGUUUUCAGAUUUUAGUUGUAAAUAAAAAUUGAGAAGAGUGUUUGAUUUUCUUUAUUCAGUAAAAUGUUGUGU